AUGUCUCACACAGACCUCAUGGCUCAAAGCACCCUUCGACCAAAUUUUCAGAUCAUCAAACUCUGCGCUCGCCUAGCGAAGUUUGCCUACACUUCGGGGAACCCAGCAUUGAAACUAUCAUCGAGGAAGAACAAUGACGAAGUAGCAAAAACGAAACUGCUCGAAGAACUUCAUACCCAGGUUACCGCGCUUGGACCCAUCCUUGACUUCCAGAGGUAUUACAGUCACUCUUGGUUUAUACCCAAGUCAAGUCAACCCAAAUGGUUUCGAUCGUACGCGUAUUUCUGUCAUAUUAAGGGGAAACCAGAGACAGGGGUAGGACGGGCUGACGGCAAUAAAGAAACGGGGACAGUAGGAGGAGAGGAGGUAGACCGAGAGGCGGCGAAUGUAAAAGCAGUGCAAAGAGAGGCAUUGGAAGGCGAUGCAAUAGAACGCCCCGUGGUGGGAGAGGAGAGGUCAGGAGUGGAAGUAGAAGAAGUCAUUGAUAGGAUAAUCAUGGGGUUCAGAGGAACCUGGAAUGAUUCAACCGGUUCUGGUAGAUGGUUUCACGAGAAUGAGGCCUUGCAAGAAUCUUUGGUUUCGAGAUUUCCCACAUGGAUCACAAACAAAUUGACACCAUCAUCCAAGUAUGGAUUCUCUGACUUCUAUUACGAUGCAAUGGUCAUACGAAUCCCUUACCGAAAGGGUACAGUCUGGAAGUGGUACGCGUACUGGGGUUCUUUGAUCUUGGAGAGGACUGGGUGGGCUCGCCGGUUCUUUACGUGGCCUCGAACCGUCGCUGGGGACUGGAUGACUAGGCCCAACGAACCCCCAAACGAGCUAAAUGGUGGUCAUGUCCACCUUGGGUUCUGGUCUCUCUGGGCCUCACCAGAGGGCUUUGCAGGAUAUAAUCGAGAAGGAUGUGUUUCGAGCAAAGAAAGCGUCUUGCACAGUGUUAGGAAAGCGCUUAAAGAAACAAACGGCAGAAAGACGGACGUCUACGUGGUGGGACAUUCUCUUGGAGGGGCCGUGUCGAGUUUCGCCGCGCUCGAUAUCGCUGAAGAGCUGAAGGAAUACCCGAACGCGACAAUGUACCAUGUUACCUUCGGCUCACCUCCCGUUGGAACGGCCGCUUUCGCAAGUUAUUUCAGUACAAAGAUGGAUCGUCAUCAGUCAUGGAGUAUAUCUCACGAACGAGAUAUGAUUCCCCAGUGCUUUUCUUGGUGUGCUUCGAAAUGGUACCUGAGACCGCUGAACUGGUGGGGUGACUGGAGCUGCGUCGGAGAGAAGAGAUUCAUCACGAAGCUCGGAAGCCGAGAACCAUCUGUCACCACCGAAGAAAACGGUAAAGUUGGCAUCAUCGAGAAGUGCAAGUGGGGCACAGCUGGGCUAGGAGCCUUGGGAAUGCUCUAUGGUUUAAGUAUAUUUGCCAUUCCUAUAAGUGGAGUGUGGUACUUCUGCAGAUUGCCUUAUUACAAGAGCAAGAAGAACCCGCCAAAAGGCCCAAAAAACACCUACGGGAAGUGUGUUACUCCUCUUGGGGAGAAUGUUGGACUGGAGUAUCACAGCCUACAGAGAUACAUUGACCUCAUGGAGAACGAGAAUGAUUUGGAAAAUUCAAUCUAUGGGGGAACAAGUGGGCCUACAGGGGUUGUUGGCGUAGGCUCCUAA